CGACCAUUAUCCCUAGUACUUGCUCAAAGGCAAAGAUCCCGAACACCAGCCAUACCAUGUCUGCCUUCGCCUCAUCCCUGCGCCCAGUGAUGCGCACCGCCACUGGCGGAGCUCUCUCCGCGCGUUCCUUCAGCUCCUCCUCAUCGCGUUCGGUAGCUCGUAUGAUCAUCACCGGCCGUCUGGCAGCCGCUCCGGAGCUGCAGGCCACCUCAUCCGGUCAGGAUGUCAUCAGAUACACCGUUGCUACCUCGACCGGGGCCCGCGACAACCGACAGACAAGCUGGUUCAAGGUCGCAAGCUUCGACCAGGGUGGUCAGCGCGAUUUCGUGCUGGGUCUGCAGAAGGGAACCCUUGUUUACCUCGAGGGAAGCGCCAGCCUGCGGGAAUGGGAGGACGCUGAGGGCAAGAAGCAGACCACUCUGAACAUUGUUCAACGGAACCUUGAGGUCCUCAAACGCCCGAACAACCCUAACGAAAAUGAGUCUGCCUAAGCUUUGUCGGCCGAACAUAAGCCUGCACAAGGAGAACUACGUAUUAGCUUGAGGGGCGGAUAUCUAGAGAGCGGAGGCUUUCUGUGGUCCCUUGUAGGUUUUCUCGGUGAAAGUGAAUUGGCCAUUAUGUGUUCUAAUUGUAUUUUGGAUCGUACGGCUUCUGUAUUGUAGUUGUUAUACAAGUAUACCCUUGAAUACUAGCGCUCUUUUAGCAUACUG